UUAAAUUGAAAGGUGGAAAACAACAAAGAUCUUUGAACAGAACAAAGAAGUUCGAAAAUGAAAAUCCGUCAGGCAAACACAUCAUUGAGAAAGAGAAAAGUUUGUCUUGCAUGUCUUAUGGGUCUAUCAAUUAUACAAACUAUCAUCCUUUGUGUUAUGGCUGUAUAUUGGAGAAUGGAAAGGAAUCUUAACACAAAUAGAUACAAGACUUGUCUGUCAAUGGAUAAAUGCCCUGAUGGUCUUGAAAUAUUGAACGAAGAGUCAAACAAAACUAUUUGCUGUGGAAAUGUUACAAAAUAUUUUGAAAGUUUGGUAUCAAAGUCAAUUUCAAAAAGUUACGACAGCGAUUCUAAUCCUGAGAUUGGCGUUCUGAAUCUGAAAGGAUUUGAUUGUCAUGCCUAUGAUCCAAAACUGGUUGUUUUAAAACUCGUUGGAAUCAACAGGAAUGAAACACAAGGCAUGUAAUGUAACCUUUUUAAUGUAAUCUGAACAACAAAUAUGUCAUGAUCCGAGUGGUUCAGGUCGUUGACUUAAAACCACUUGCCCCUCACCGCUGUGGGUUCGAAUCCCGACUUUGGAUUCUUUCAUGUGAGGAAGCUAUCCAGCUAGCUCACGGAAUGCCGGUGGUUCUACUCAGGUGCCCGUUCGUAACUAAAAUAAUGCACGGAAGGGCACCUGAGGUCUUCCUCCACCAGUAAAGCUGGAACGUCGCAAUAUGACCUAUACUGUGUCGAUGUGACGUAAAA